CUGUGAUAGGUUAACUCUGACAUACGGCUAAAAAUAGCACCACGUAUUGGCCCAGCAUUAGCUGUCGCCAUAGUGACGCCAGCACUAUAAACAGUCUGCAUUCACUGGGGCAGAGCUGAUAUUGACUGGUCUGCUGUUGCAUUCUGGUAUACACUGUGAGGUCAUACUGAUUAUCAUAAAUAAAUCUUUUUUUGCCUAUGUACUUAUACACACUAGUACACCGUCACAUGUUGCAGACAAGUCUGGGCAUGUUUGAAUCUAAAACCUUGCCAUCGACAUGACUAGGCUUGUUGGCAACAACACAUCUGUUAUUCGAUUUCCCCCAACAAUCCUUGCUGGUGUUUUAGUUUUUACCAUUCAUGGAAUAUAUGUCUAGUUGGUGGAGUUUUUCCUAAAAUUGUGGAUUUUUGACUGAAUACCGUUGUGUGUCCACCAUGAUAAAAGUGGAGAGGACUGGGUUCACGACGUACCGGUUGAAUCCGAUCGUUGCCCAGACGACGUCUGCGUCUGGCAUGAGCCCAGAUUCACAGAAUCACAUCAUCGGCAGCUCCGCAUCCAGCCCCUACGACACGGGUAUCACAUCACCACCACCGUAUUCACCGCACACAAACCUUCAGUCGUCACAGCCAACAGUUCCAUCCAACACAAACUACCCAGGUGACUAUGGGUUUGAAAUCAGCUUUGCAACGCCAUCAAAAGAAACCAAGUCUACAACAUGGACUUAUUCUGAUUUACUAAAGAAGUUGUAUGUUCGUAUGGCGACAACAUGCCCAGUCCGUUUCAAAUCUUUACGAAUGCCGCCGUCCGGCUGCAUAAUCCGCGCGAUGCCGAUCUUCAUGAAACCAGAACACGUGCAGGAAGUCGUCAAACGGUGCCCGAAUCACGCCACAUCGAAAGAACACAACGAAAACCACCCGGCUCCAACCCACUUAGUCCGCUGUGAACACAAACUGGCUAAAUAUGUCGAGGACAGUUACACUGGGCGGCAGAGCGUCUUGUUACCCCACGAGCCACCACAGGCGGGGUCCGAGUGGGUGACAAACUUGUUUCAGUUCAUGUGUUUGGGCUCGUGUGUGGGCGGGCCGAACCGCCGACCAAUCCAGAUUGUGUUCACAUUGGAGAGAGAUAACCAGGUUCUCGGGAGGAGGGCCGUGGAGGUUCGGAUAUGCGCAUGUCCAGGGCGGGACCGCAAGGCCGACGAGAAGCAGUCUCUCCCACCAGCAAAGCAGUCGCCAUGUAAAAAAAUUUCACCAGUGACGAAGAUCUGCCUAGGUGCAGAGUUUACAUCCAUCGCUCCAGGCAAGAAGAGGAAGUUACAGGAGGAUGAGGCGUUUACUGUUACUGUACGUGGGCGAGAGAACUAUGAAAUUCUAUGCAAGAUCCGAGACAGCCUUGAACUUGCGUCGAUGGUUCCCCAGUCUCAGGUGGAGCUCUACAAACAGCAGCAGGGAGAAGUCAACAGACAACCUAGCGCCCCCAAGAUGAUCAAGCUGCCUAGCAGCGACCGAGGGCCAGUCUCACUGGGCCCGCCUGCCGAGAGUCUGCCGUUCAGCCCCGACACGAGUCACGUGACCAGCUCACAGGCCAGCCAGGGGACGAGUAACGAUAUAAUACUCGGAGACUCUCAGGCUGUCGUCAAGGAAGAAACCGUCAACGGAGGGGGCCAGUUACACGACAACACAAUUGCAAGUUUCUUGACGAACCUUGGACUGUCGGCUUACAUAGACAACUUCCAUCAAGCAAACCUGUACGGGAUGUUUCAGCUGGACGAUUACACACUAGACGACCUGGCUACGAUGAAAAUUGGAACAAGUCACCGCAACAAGAUCUGGAAGGCAUUGACCGAAUACCGCAAUUCACAGACGUACAUGACGGAGACAUCGUCGCAGGGCCUGGGACGCAUCGACAGCAAUGCAUCCACUGUGAGCAUGUCGUCGCAGAAUAGCAUCUCACAGAACAGCAUCUCGCAAAACAGCUCAUACUGUCCCGGUUACUAUGAGGUGACGCGGUACACCUUUAAACACACCAUCUCCCUGACGCGGUCGCAGCACAACGUGUGUGUCGACAAACCGAUAAAGACCGAGAGGGUGUAAAAUGGGGGCGACUUCCAUUCCAGACUGUCGUUGUAGCCAUGUUUUAAGAAAAAAGGUGCAAAUAAUUUUUUUUUUUAAAACAAUAACAAGUGCAUUUAAAAACUUGUUUCGUGUGAGCAAGUUUGUCAUUUUCAUUUCACUGUUGAAUGUAAAAAGUGAGUUAUUUUAGUAUUGUGUGAUCCAUUUUUUAGAAGGAAUUGUCUUAUUGUGUUUGUUAUAAUAUGUGAAAUGCAAGAAUAAUGGGUUUUUGUUUUUAAAUGUGAAAAUGGAGAGCAGUAGUAGUUUAAUUCAAUAUCAUGAAAGAAGUCAUUUUUGUAAGUAAAUGUGAAAAUAGUUGUAGCACUUUCCAUAAAAUGUUAGCAGGUGUGAAUAUUUAUCAAUAUUUUUUGUGUGUGUGUUAAGAGCCAGGUAUUGGCUGAAUUAAUCAGGAGUCGAAAUUACCAGAUUUCCAAAUUGAUGACACAACCAGGAAGUGUAGGUCUUGCUUUUAAGCAUUUCAGUCUAGCCACGAGGCUUAAAACUAGAUUUUAGCUGCAGUGUAGAUAUGGCAUUUUAUAUUCUAAGUUUGAAUUGAGAGUCCAAAAUAAAGAGUAGCAAAUAGCUUGCUGGUUAGAGCAUCUGCCUGAGAUACUGUUAGUUGCAGGAUCGAAUCCCUUCCGGUGGACUAGGGUUGAUUUUUCAUUCCAGUCAGUUCUCCAGCACCAACCCCUGCAAUUAAGAAAAUGUCCACGGCAAAAAAACAUGCCAUUAAUAAAAUCCUGAAUAUAGUCCAAGACAGAAAAGUGCCGCAGAGAAUUAAAAACUACACAGCAUUGCCGAUUGCCGUGGGCAACUGCAGGGGUUGCAACACUGGUAUGUGUUUUGGAAAGUGCAUUAUACAAAUCGAUUGCCACAAAUUCAAACGAGUAGUCGCAAGUCGUGUCAUGAAAACAAAAACUUCAGAUCCUUGUACAAACACUUUAAGUCUCAGACUGGUGGAUUUGUGUUAAUUUCGACCCCUGUUAUUUAGUUUUAAACAGAUCAAGAACUGCUGAUAUUUUGUGUGUUGACUGCAACAGUACAGCAAAUGAUGUUCCCAUGGUUUCAUACAUUCCACUUCCAGUUUGAAUGAUGGCAACUAAGUUUAUGAUGGUUGUUUGGGUACAGAUUCAACCUUAUAGGAAUGCACUGUGGCUUUCGUAAGGGAGAUGUGGGGCCACGUUUGGUCAUAAUCUGACAUUUAAAUUUACUGUAAUAAAUAAAGAUUAUUAUACAAGCUUGUGUCUAGUACUAUUUUUACAAAACGAGUGUCACGAUUUUUGUAUUGUCCUGACAUUAGUUUCGUAAAAUUACGAGUCAUAAUUUCUUUAUUAUCCACAUUAUUUAAAAAAAAUGUUUUAUGAAUAGCAAGGGCCAUCUCAAAAUGUUUCACCCACAACUAGGAGAUGAUGAAAUUACAUCAUAUUUAUUUCUUUGUUAUCCAUAUUAUUAUUUUAUUAUUUUUUAUGAAUAACAAGGGCUAUCUCAAAAUGUUUCACCCUCAACUAGAGGGAGACGAUGAAAUGACGUCAUAUUUAUUUCGUUAUUAUCCAUAUUUUUUUUUUUAUCACUAACAAGACCCAACUCAAAAUGUUUCACCCUCAACUAGAGGGAGACGAUGAAAUGACGUCAUAUUUAUUUCUUUAUUAUCCAUAUUAUUAUUUUUUAUCACUAACAAGACCCAACUCAAAAUGUUUCACCCUCAACUAGAGGGAGACGAUGAAAUGACGUCAUAUUUAUUUCUUUAUUAUCCAUAUUAUUAUUUUUUAUCACUAACAAGACCCAACUCAAAAUGUUUCACCCUCAACUAGAGGGAGACGAUGAAAUGACGUCAUAUUUAUUUCUUUAUUAUCCAUAUUAUUAUUUUUUAUCACUAACAAGACCCAACUCAAAAUGUUUCACCCACAACUAGAGGGAGACGAUGAAAUGAUGUCAUAUUUUACAUGCGCAAUCUGAGCUAGGACUGAGGAAGCAACAUCAUGUUACGAUGUCACUUCCCAAAAUUACAUUAUUGCACUUGUUAUUACACAUGUGCUUCAUAUUGUUUUUAUUAACAUCAAAAAGGCUAUAGGUUUAACAUUCCUUAUUCUACUCUUAUGCGAGUUUUUUAUUUUUAUAUGUGUAGUACAGAAGUCAUUGUAUAAUUCACUCAAACAUUUUAGGAUCAUUUUUCAUAUUAGUAUUGGACAAACAUAAUUUUAUUUGUUUCAUUCAGCCGAUAAUGUUGUAUUUGUACCUCUGAAACUAUUAUUCACUGGUGUUGCCUGAUUUUAUUUUAUUUUGAUUUUUUACUAAUUUGGCACUGAAUACAAAUGUACUUCAUUGUUGAAUUACAAUUUUAUUUUGUUUUUAAAAUGGACCAAACAUAUGGCAUAUACAAGUAUUAUAUUUGUUCCAUCUCCGUCCAUUAAGUUGCUGCUCAUUUUGAAGUAAGAUGUUUUGUUGUAUUCAUUUUCAUAUAGUGUUUGCUGUAGCUCCAUCAACUCAUAAAAAUGCCCCAAGUCACAUUUUUAGCUAUAAAUCCUUUUCUUUUUCUAACAUAUAGGGUUUAAGCUGUACCCCUAAAACAUAUUAAAAAUUUGACAAAUUUGAUCACAAAAACCAGUUGCCAAAUUCAAGUUUUCCAAACAGCCAAAAUUAGUUGUCUGACAAUUUUAAUUUUAAUUUACUUUUGAAAGUUCGGCAAGUGAUAGCUUAAAAUGUGUCUAAAACAAAAAGCAAAAAAAAAAAAAGAAAAAAGUUAAGACAUGAAAGAUCCUGCUAAAAUGAUCUUUUAGCACCCAAUCAAAUUAUUUUUAAGAACUGAGUAUAAUAAUAAAUAUAGUUUCAGCUCAUUAUAAUUAUUAUAUUUUUGUUCAACGUUACAUAUAUUGAAGAAUUUUAGGCCAUCCCAUUGGCUGUUGGGAUGUUCGGACCAGACCACUUGCGUGGGUGGGUGGGGAGGUGAACUUUUUGAGGACAGGUAAUGUAUCUAUAAAAGAGAAAACACUCCCCAAGUUUUCUCCAUUCCUUGGUAUUUGAACUUGGUAUUUAAUAGGUGUAUGUUCUGCCAACAGUGGGUAAUUAAGAGAAUAACUGAAUUGAUACGAUGGGUUGUGAAUUAUCUGUGUGUUAACACUUUAUUGUAUUAAAAACAAUAACAAGGAAAGAAUAUGGACGUAUAUAAUACCUAUUGAUCCUUUACUUGCAUAUUGGUUAAAUGGGAUGAACAAUGUUUGUUUUUUGUUGUUUUUUAUAAGAAGUCUUGUUGGUUGUUAAAAAGGUUUUUUUUAACAUAUGUUUUGUAAGAAGUCACAUCAUUAAGCCAGAUAAAUUUCUUUCAGUAUCAUUUCUUCCGUUUCAUUCUUGAAGUCAUGUCAUUAACCAUGCACAUUUUAAUCAAUUAUGCAAGUGGCAAAUAUUGUGAAACGUCUGUACAUAUGUUUGUUGUAGUUUCUAUAAUAAUCAUAGUAUUUUAAAUUCUUGGACAUGCACUCGAUUGACUUGACUUGAAUAUUUGACAUUUAAAUAAAACUACAUCCUGAGUAUUGCUAUUGUGUAUAUAUAUAUAUAUACAUACAUACACACACACACACAUUAUUGUCGUAAAGUCAAAAUCUCAUAACUCAGUUUGCAUAGAAACAAGUGAAAGUAUAAUUUUGAUAGUCUCCCCUUUUUAACUCACAGCAUAUUGUUACAUGUGUAUCCGUGAGAACACACAAACACACACACAAAGCAAACAGCCUUGCAUAAAAAGAUCUAUCAAGCUACUUUUACAUUUUGCAUUUCCUGAAAACUAAACAUUUUGCUGUAUCAGGUUUUGACCUUCCUUUACACACAGCUUUACACACAGGCUUACACACACGGCUUUACACACAGGCUUACACACACGGCUUUACACACAGGCUUACACACACAGCUUUACACACAGGCUUAAACACACAGGCUUAAACA